CAGUACGUUUUUAUCAUGAAGAUAUAUUUAUUGUCUAUUUUCAACUUUUCGUAAAUAUCAAGAGUCACCACACUCACAAACCACAUAACAACUAUCUUCUGUCUCUUAUCUUUAUGUAAAAGAAAACAAAAAUUAGUCGCAUCUGAAUCUUUCACCUCUUAUCAAAUAAAAUGGUGCUGAAAGACUUACAUCUGGUGUUUUAUACAAUUUUGCUCAUUUUUGUUCAGUGUUACGUGGCAGAAUUUCGUUGUGACGAAAUAUUUCCGCUUGUGACUCGUGUAACCUUCGAAUCAAAGAACCAAAAAGGAUUGACAUUAGAAGGUACUGUUGCUAGGAUACCAUUAACCCUAGGACAAACGCUGUGUAUCAGCAUGACCGUCAGAGGAGAUUCGGAAGAACAAGAACGUCUGUUUGCUGGAGGACAUAGAAAAAGGAUCAUUUAUGCUGUUCGCUUAGAAGCAGUGUGGAAUGAAUACCCCGUACAAAAUCUGUAUUAUUUCAGUCAAGCAAAUGUGAAACUUUCGUGUUACUGUGACUGUCCUGGAGGAGCGGAUAAAUGUGCUCCAGAAUACGGUAAUAACAUGUGUCCUAACUCAGAUUCGUCAGCUGUUUGUUACCAGUUUUACACUGUGUCUGCUGCGAACGGGUGUUUACUCCAACUUUUUAAAUCAGAAGCAGAUGUUUGUUGCAAGGUAUGGAUAAUGCCACACUUGGAAAAGGGAAACUAUACAGCUUUGCAGCUUGGCGCACCAAGAACUAAGAUACGUAUAAUAAAAGAAGCCUUGGAUGGAAACGGAGAAACCGUGGGACAGCCUGAUUACCUUGAAACUUACAGUACUGAAGGACGAUUUUCCUCAGAAACCUUUGAAAUAGAACUAACAAGCGCAAAGCAAGAAAAUUAUUUCCAACAGGGCAUGUACUUCGUCAAUUCGGUGGGAGACGUUUAUCAAACCAAGCAUGUACGUUUGAAUGAACCAGGAGCGUAUGACUUAACAAAAUUAGGAUGGCUUAAACAUACGGAUAAAUUUUACCCUCCAGCACGAAGUACGGUGCUGUCCAAAACUACUGUCAAAGUCCAUCAUUGUAGAACAAACAAGUUUUUCUUUCAACAUUCGAUUGUCACGGACGAGCCGGAGAGUGUGUCAGCUCCAGUGAGGGAUUUGUACAAACACAGUGUGAAGAAGGUGACGUACAACAGAGACGAGCAACGCGUGGAGGAGCUUCUUUCUAGCGUACAUCGUAUUAACUUCAAUUUUUAUCUUCGUGAGGUAGCUGACAUAAUCUUUCAUUAUCAGCCGUCAGUUCUCCACGACUUUAACGCUGAGACCAUCUUAGACAAAUAUUCCAAUGAGUUUCUAAACAUCAGCCUUGAAGGAAUAUCCGGCACCGUGCUUGGAUGGGUGGUGCACGAACAUAGCAAGAAGUCUUAUUUCUCAAUUGAUAGUAAAUUCACAGAACCUCAAAAUCUUAUAGUCUACAAAUCAAUUGGCUUCUGCGCCAAUCACACAAAACUUUGCCUUCGGGCGGUAUCCGUCAAAACACCUUUAUGCAAGUACAUUGGUUGUAAGAAAGAACCGCUAGAGGGAGUACUUAGACAGGACGGAACAUACGGAGAUGUCGACGUAUUGGAAGAAGAUAACCAUCCUUGGAACGCCGAAGGUUUAGACCUUUUAUUGGAGUUACUAAAUCCACUGAACUGGUUCAAAGGUGGGAAAGGAAUGGCUGCAAUGACAUUUCAAGUUAUACUUGCGUUUCUUGUCAUCGUACUUAUUACAAAAAUCAUUACCUGCACAAGAAAGUAGAAUUAAAUAAAUGUAUGACUUUUUAAUGAGCUUAAUGAAAGUUUUAUGUAGAAAUAAUAAAGUAACAGAUUGAGUUUUGUACGUUUA